UUGAAUUUUUCAUGUUGAAUUCAUUUAUUUAAUUAGCUGGAAUGUGUGAUUAAAUUUCCUUCUAUUUUUUCUGUUAAGCUAUAAAGGCUUAAUGCACUUGGCAUUGCUAUGUAUUUUCUAAGAUAAUAUUUGCUGGAGUAAAGAUUGAAUAUGAGCAAAAACUCAUCAUCUGGGAGGACCCAAUGGAUGAACCCCGUGGCGGUGGGGCGGGCUGGCUACGAGCCAACCACCAUCGAGCAUUGGGCCAACAUCUUGUCCCAUGGGGCAUUUGUGGCUCCAGCAAUGUGGCUAGCAUGGCUGCUGGUGGUGGCUGCAGGUGUGGCCGAUGGCUGGCACAGCAUGCGGACUGUGGCAUGUGGCAUUUACGGCUUGGCGCUCGUGCUUCUCUUCACCGUCUCCACAGUCUUCCAUGUGGCCAGCUUCUGCAUGUUGUUCACUUGGUUGCUGAGGCAGGUGCUGCACCGUGCUGACCGUGCCAUGAUCUACGUGUUCAUCGCAGCCUCCUACACGCCGUGGCUGCUCCUCCAGCCUCUACCCCCGGGGAUGGUUCACCUCAGGUGGGGCGUGUGGGUGCUGGCUGUGGUGGGCAUCGUCUAUCAGCAGCUGUUCCACGAGAUGUACAAGAUGGUGGACACAACCAUCUAUGUGACCAUCGGCGUGGUCCCGGCGCUGGCUGUCCUCCAGAUGGCAGAUGCGGGGAUGUGGGAGUUGGGGCUGGGGGGCGCCGUGUACCUGGUGGGGGUGGUGUUCUUCAAGCUGGACGGACGGCUGCCCUGCGCCCAUGCCGUAUGGCACGUGCUUGUCGGUGUGGCGAGUUACGUGCACUACGUGGCGGUCGCCACACACCUCCUCGCCACACCCGCCGCUGUGCCACACCUCGCCGCGCCACACUGUGCGCGUGAUGCCGUGUGUGAGCAGUAGAAUGUGCCAAUAAGUUGGCAACAUACGUGGGUCAACAUACGUGGGUCAACAUACGUGGGUCAACAUACGUGCCAAGAACUGCCAAUGUUAGCGAACAGAGCCGUGCCAACAGGAGUGGAAUGUCGUGGCAAAUUCAUUCCAUAAGGCCAGCUUCUGGACGUUGUUAUCAUUCACCUGAUACUCAUAACUGCCCGAUAUUCUUUGAUAUUUGUGCUGUUUUACCCGCAUGUUUAUGGCUCUCUGAUGUUUUUUACAUGGUACCUUUAUUUUUGUUGCAUCGGUACCGCCAUGUUGGAUAAAACCUAUCAAGAUGCCCUAUUUUCAAAACUCUCCUAAGUACAAAUAGCAGCCUAACUACACGUAGCGGCCAAUUUCUUAUCUGUGAUUGGUGGGUUUUGCUUGGAAAGCCUAUAUGAUUGGAUGACCGAGUCCAAUUACAAUUACAGAGUUACAAACUCGUUACUAUUUUGAUAUUACUGCCUCAGAUCUCAGCUGUGCAGUUUUUGCUGUGCUUGGUCAGUGUCGCUUUGGUGCUCGGCGGGGUAGGAGGUGCAGUGCGGCUCUGCCGUGACGCCCAAAGUUCUGUGUUACUUGUAUUGUGUUCUAAAUUACAAAACUAGAUGUUCAUGUGCUAUAAUUUCCUAGAAUAAUUAUGUGUGUUCUUACUAGAUGCGCGUGUUCCACGACUUGUAAUCACUCAUGCGUUGAUCGAAAGUACAUUUUCUGGGAAGUUAAGAGGUAACAAAAUCGUUUUAAGAUCAAAGUUUAUGUAUCAUGGCGUCUGUUCUACCAACAUACCAGCUUCUCCUGUAUGUUGUAUGUCCUAACGAUGUAAUGAUAUUCCUCCAUUAAAAUUAUCCUUAUGAAAACUUUAAAGACAAAUUUUUAGAGUUUUUUAUUUGAAAAUCUACCUCGGAAUAUUUGUGUUCCAGGCCUUAGAUCGAUGUUAUUAGCCAAAUAAAUUGUAAAUAAAGCCAAUUAUUUUAUAAAGUUCAAGUGAUACCAACUAUUAACUUCACUACUAGCAGCUACUUGUGCGUUUAAGCGACGGGUUACCGUAGCACAGCGCGUGACGCUAGUUAUUAUCGACUAUCCGAGGAAGAAUAUAUCUUAUAAUUCCAUAUUACUUCGUUUCGUCGCAAACAAUAACAUAUUCCAAAAUAUAUUGUAUUGAAGAUAUUGCA